GUGGGCAGUUAUUGAUGCGAUUGAUACUUAUCAGUGGCGCAAUCAUUAGCUGGUGAGCUGAGCAGUGGGAGCACUGUGCACUAUUUUUGUCCAUACUUUAACUUGCACCGUACCUACAUGAGCAGCGAGACCGCCAAAAGAGACAACUAGAGAUAGCAGCCCAAUUAUUUUUAUAGUUCUUUCUGCGAGCAGUCGAGAAGAGAAGAACGCAAAGAAGAUUGGAUUAAUUAAUCAAGAACAAGUAGCUUGGUGCAUUUGAUUUAUCAUUGUUUGUGCCUUAGGUGGUACUGGACAUGAUCGAAUAAAAUUAAAAAGAGACAUUUGAGGGGUAAAAAUAGAAGAUGCGGAGCAUGGCGAGUUCAGUUUCAUCCAGAGGCAUUGCUGCCAUUGUUGGUGUGGGCCCCAAACUCGGUUUCUCCAUCGCCCGCAAGUUCGCCCAUGAAGGCUAUACGGUAGCUAUCCUUGCCAGAGACUUAGGUAGAUUAUCAAGAUUUGCUGAUGAGAUAGCGAGAGAAGAAAAAGCACAGGUGUUUGCCAUCCGGAUCGAUUGUUCAGAUUCGCGAAGCAUAAGAGAGGCAUUCGAGGGAGUUUUAUCACUUGGCUUCGUAGAAGUGUUGGUUUAUAAUGCUUAUCAGCCAACAUCAUGGCAUCCAACAAAUUUCACAGACGUUAAAGUUGAACAAUUUGAGAAAUCUCUCGCUGUCUCCUCCGUCGGCGCCUUUCACUGUGCUCAACAGGUACUUCCAGGUAUGGUGGAAAGAGGAAGAGGGACAAUUCUUUUCACCGGAUGUUCAGCUUCUCUAAGUGGCGGUGCCGGUUAUUCUGAAUUAUGUUGUGGAAAGUUUGCAAUGAGAGGAUUAUCCCAAUGUCUGGCAAAGGAGUUCCAACCGCUUGGAGUACAUGUGGCACAUGUUAUCGUCCACGGUAUCGUUGGCAUACCACGGGGGCCAAUAGCAUCAACUUCCCAGCACAGGUUGUUAGUUGGGGAACAGCAUCACCAACCAACCGACGGAUGGGCCGGAGAGGGGUGGAUGGACCCAGAUGGGCUGGCCCAGACCUACUGGCAUUUGCACAUCCAAGAUCGGUCUGCUUGGACUCAAGAGAUUGAUCUCCACCCCUCCAACCAAAGAUACAUGUAGAUCAAAUGAACAACUUAUAUAUAUGUUUGUCUUAAUUUUAGAUAUGUGUACACCUACUUUGAUUUGUUGUACUCGAGUUGAGGUUGUUCCGGAAACAACCUCUCCAAGUUCUGUGUACAUUAUACUUUUUCUAAACCUCACCCAUGAGAUUUUACUGUGAAUGUUGUUAUUGUUUAAUUUUAGAGGUGUGAAAUUGUCCUCUAUUUUUCGUAGCUUUUGUUAACUACCAAGAGGUUAUGGUAUGUAAACAUAGACAUUUUUGUUUAUUAGAGUGUGAGUGAUUUAUUGGAUAUUCAGUUUGGUUUGGCAGUGCAAUAAGAAUUAUUGAAUUUUACUUGUACA